CUUGAAUAUUGCCCCAAUGUUAAGGCAGAUAGGUGAUAAACACAGGCACGAAAAGCAAUGAUUGGAUGCCUUAUCAGUCUUUAUCAGCCACCGUAUCGAUACCCAUAUCAGCUCUAAAGUGGAUCAUGUUCUCAGUACGGAGAUGCGGGGUGGGGCGAUGGCAUAAAGACAGUUACAACGCGACUUGAAUCUGCUCGAGAAGGUGCAUUCGCAGCCUCCAUCGUCGUCAAUACAUCCAUCUCCACCAUGCGGUCGUCCCUCGAGUCCGCCCAGCGCGACGAUAAAGCAAUGGCUAAGGAUCUCACCCUCCAACAAACCGACUCCAACCCAGAGCCCUUCGAGAAGCCUGGCGUCCCUGUCGAGGGCCAGAUCUCCGACCUCGAUGAAGGCAGCCAGUUCCUGCGCGAGCACAACUACACCUCCGAGUACCUCACGGAACUGCUCCAAGACAAGGCCCUGAAUAAGAGCCUCGUCCGAAAAGUCGAUCUGCGCCUCCUCCCCCUCUUGUGUGGAACAUACUUCCUCCAGUACAUCGACAAGCAGGCCAUCAGCUACUCGGCGGUGUUCGACCUCUUCCCGACCACCGGCAUCACAGGGUCCCAGUACUCAUGGCUGGCGUCCAUAUUCUACUUCGCGUACCUCGCCUUCGAGUGGCCGUCAGCGUACCUUGCGCAGCGGUUCCCGACCGGGCGGGUGGUGUCGAUCUACUGCUUCUGUUGGGGCACGGUGAUGCUGUGCACGGCGGCAACGCACAACUUUGCGGGGUUUGCUGCGAUGAGGUUUCUGCUCGGUGUUUUUGAGUCAGUUGUCACGCCUGCGUUCAUGAUGAUCGUGAGCAUGUGGUAUCUGGGCAAGCAGCAGCCGGCGCGCGCGGGCAUGUUCUACUGCUUCAAUGGUAUUGGUAGUGCCACGGGAGGCAUCCUGUUCUACGGAGUUGGGUACGCGAAGAACUUUGCAGUGUGGAGGAUCAUCUACCUCAUCUGCGGCGGCAUGACGGUUCUGUGGGCCGUUGUUCUGUUCUUCAGGCUGCCCGAUAACAUCAUGACAGCCAAGAGUUUCACCGUUGAGGAAAAGGCACUGUUGAUUGCGCGGUCGGCGCAGAACCGGACCGGAGUUUACAACAGGAAGAUCAAGCUGCCGCAGGUAUGGGAAGCGUUGCGCGAUCCGCAGCUCUGGGUUUUGUUCAUCUACACCUUGCUGAACGAAGUUAUCAACGGCGGCAUUGCAAACUUCGGCAAGCUGAUUAUCAAGGAUGUUGCUGGAGGCGACCCUCUCAAGACUACCUUAUAUGGGAUUCCGUCGGGAGUCGGCAACUUUUUCUUCGUCCUUACUGGCCCAUACCUUGCCUCCCGUCUUCCGAAUGCGCGCACCUACAUCAUGGCGCUCUAUCUUUGUCCCACGAUCCUCGGCACCUGUCUUAUCUGGAAGUUGCCGCGGACCAACAUUGGUGGUAAUCUUGCCGGCUACUAUAUGAUCGGUUCAUACGUAGGCUCAUUGGUGAUUGCGCUCCAGUUCCCUGCAUCCAACGUGGGAGGAUACACAAAACGAACCACAGGCACAGCUUUCGUGUUUCUGGCCUACUGUGCUGGUAACAUUAUCGGCCCUCAGGCGUUCCUCGCAAAGGAAGCGCCGAAGUACGAGACAGGUGUCAAGACCAUCCUAGCAUGUUCAGUCACUCAGGUUGCUCUCGCGUUCGGCUUGCGAGCUCUGCUUGUGUGGCGGAAUGCUCGACGCGAUCGUGAAGCAGCUGAGCACCCGAUAUCAGAUGAUGCUGGUGUGAACGAUCUUGAUUACAUCGGCGAUAUCACCGAUUUCGAGAACAAAAAGUUCCGAUACGCUCUAUAGAUCCAAUAUUCCUUCAAUCGAAUCAAAUUAUAUGCGAA